AGGAAUCUCACAAACAGAGUGCCCACCAAAUGGGUCAAAAAAGACAGCCUGUGCCCUGAUCUGCAGGAAAAGCACGCCACGGCAAUCAAUGGCGUCUUAGAAGAAAAGCAAGAAAUCUCUGAUGUGAAGUGAGCAAUCAUCUUACUUUGGUUUCAGUGGAUAAAAACGUACGCCAUGGCCGUCCUCCUCAGAACAAUCAUUUUAUGAAAAGUUUGUUGUGUGAUGUUACACCAGAUUCGUAUUCUGAAAGAAGAAUAACAUGGAGAAAGGGGGAAGAAAUCUUUAUGUGGGGUGUGCUGUGAUUGUUUUGUUGCUGCAGAUCACAAUAUUCGUUUCAGCAGAGGAAUUUUUCGAUUGGAAAAAUGAACAAAUCAAGGAUAGAAUAGAAGGGUUACCUGGGCAGCCUUCAAAUGUGGACUUUGCCCAAUAUUCAGGAUAUGUAACUGUGGACAAAAAGGCUGGUAGAUCUCUCUUCUACUGGCUUAUUGAAGCAACUGAUGAUGCCCAAUCCAAGCCCCUCCUUUUGUGGUUGAAUGGAGGCCCUGGGUGUUCCUCUGUGGCAUAUGGGGAAGCUGAAGAGCUUGGGCCUUUUCAUAUCAAUUCUGACGGGAAAACGAUCUUUCUCAAUCCACAUUCAUGGAAUAAAUUGGCCAAUAUCCUGUUCUUGGAUUCCCCUGCUGGAGUUGGCUUUUCUUACACCAACACUUCUUCAGACAUUAAGAAAUCUGGAGACAGUCAAACGGCUGAAGAUUCAUUCGUUUUCCUGACCAACUGGUUGGAAAAGUUUCCCCAGUAUAAGAAUAGAGACUUCUACAUCGCCGGAGAGAGUUAUGGAGGGCAUUAUGUUCCUCAACUAGCUCAUGUUAUCUACAGACGCAACGAGGUCCUGGCAAAUCCAGUUAUUAACCUAAAGGGGUACAUGGUUGGGAACGCAGUUACGGACGAUUUUCAUGACAACGUAGGGAUUUAUGAGUAUAUGUGGUCGCAUGGGAUGAUAUCUGACAACACCUAUCGAAAGCUUAAUCUUUUGUGUGAUUUCUCAUCUCUUGUGCACCCAUCACAUCUUUGUGAGAAGGCAUUAGAAUCUGCUAAUGCAGAAAUGGGACAAAUAGACCCGUACAGCAUCUACACCCCUCCUUGCUCAAACAGUACUGCAACUUCUGGAAAACAACAUGGAAAGAGGAAGUCAUGGAGGCACCUUUUUGGGGAGUAUGAUCCUUGCACUGAAAAGUACUCUGAAAUUUACUUCAAUCUGCCUGAGGUGCAGAAGGCUCUUCAUGCCAAUGUUACAGGAAUUCCUUAUAGGUGGACAACUUGUAGUGAUGUAGUCUCUGAAAACUGGAAUGACUCUCCUAGGUCUGUGCUGCCAAUAUACCGGGAACUUAUAAAAGCUAAGCUACGUAUUUGGAUGUUCAGUGGAGAUACAGAUGCAGUAAUUCCGGUAACAUCAACCAGAUAUUCUGUAAAUGCUCUUAAGCUUCGCACUGUUACUCAGUGGCAUCCAUGGUAUGACGAUGGACAGGUAGGAGGAUGGACUCAAGAGUAUGAAGGGUUAACAUUUGUAACAAUCCGAGGGGCAGGGCAUGAGGUACCACUGCAUAAACCUAAAAAAGCCUUUAUGCUCUUCAAAUCCUUCUUAGAGGGUAAGCCAAUGCCAGCAAUGCCAGCCUCCCCAGAGCUUCUGGCUACUUCGUAACCCUCACGAAGCAAGAUGUGACAGGUCACAGUAAUGGGCAGGUCAUGAGGUAACACUGCAUGAACCUGGAAAAGCCUUUAUACUCUUCAAAUCCUUCUCAGAGGAUAAGUCAAUGCCAGCCUUCCCAGAGCUUGUGGCUACUUUGUAACCUCAUUGAAGCAAGAUGCGACACUAGCGUCACUUGGAAUAAUGAAUAGAUAGAAAAUUCGAUUGGUCUCUUCAUUUGUCUGAAUAUGGUUAUAGGUUCCCAUAGCUAGGAGACAUGUAGAACAAAAAUGUCUUGUAACAAAUUUAUUACAAUGCAAUACGCAAAUUCAGACUCUCUGUGAGCAAGAAAUCUUUGAAUGUA